AUGAUCGUCACCACUCUGCUGCAGUUCAUGUUCGCCUGCAUCGGGGUCCAGCUGUUCAAGGGGAAGUUUAACCGCUGCAGUGACGAGGCCAAGUCCAGCCCAGAGGAGUGCAGAGGGACCUACAUCCUGUACACCACCGGAGACACGGCUCUCCCGGUGAUCCGCGAGCGCCUCUGGUUCAACAGCGACUUUAACUUUGACAACGUCCUGAUGGCCAUGAUGGCUCUGUUCACCGUCUCCACCUUCGAGGGCUGGCCCACGCUUCUGUACAAGGCCAUAGACUCCAACAGGGAGAACAUGGGCCCCAUCUACAACUACAGAGUGGAGAUCUCCAUCUUCUUCAUCAUCUACAUCAUCAUCAUCGCCUUCUUCAUGAUGAACAUCUUUGUGGGCUUCGUCAUCGUCACCUUCCAGGAGCAAGGGGAGAAGGAGUACAAGAACUGUGAGCUGGACAAGAACCAGGUGAAAAGUCUACAGGUGAAAAGUCUACAGGCGAAAAGUCUACAGGUGAAAAGUCUACAGGUGAAAAGUCUACAGGCGAAAAGUCUACAGGUGAAAAGUCUACAGGUGAAAAGUCUACAGGUGAAAAGUCUACAGGUGAAAAGUCUACAGGCGAAAAGUCUACAGGUGAAAAGUCUACAGGCGAAAAGUCUACAGGUGAAAAGUCUACAGGUGAAAAGUCUACAGAUGAAAAGUCUACAGGCGAAAAGUCUACAGGUGAAAAGUCUACAGGCGAAAAGUCUACAGGCGAAAAGUCUACAGGUGAAAAGUCUACAGGUGAAAAGUCUACAGAUGAAAAGUCUACAGGCGAAAAGUCUACAGGUGAAAAGUCUACAGGUGAAAAGUCUACAGGUGAAAAGUCUACAGGCGAAAAGUCUACAGGUGAAAAGUCUACAGGUGAAAAGUCUACAGGUGAAAAGUCUACAGGUGAAAAGUCUACAGGCGAAAAGUCUACAGGCGAAAAGUCUACAGGUGAAAAGUCUACAGGUGAAAAGUCUACAGAUGAAAAGUCUACAGGCGAAAAGUCUACAGGUGAAAAGUCUACAGGUGAAAAGUCUACAGGCGAAAAGUCUACAGUGCUCCCCCUCAGUGCUCUCCCUCAGUGCUCUCCUCUCUCCCUCAGUGCUCUCCCUCAGUGCUCUCCCUCAGUGCUCUCCUCUCUCCCUCAGUGCUCUCCUCUCUCCCUCAGUGCUCUCCUCUCUCCCUCAGUGCUCUCCUCUCUCCCUCAGUACUCUCCUCUCUCCCUCAGUACUCUCCCUCAGUGCUCUCCUCUCUCCCUCAGUGCUCUCCUCUCUCCCUCAGUGCUCUCCUCUCUCCCUCAGUGCUCUCCCUCAGUGCUCUCCUCUCUCCCUCAGUGCUCUCCCUCAGUGCUCUCCUCUCUCCCUCAGUGCUCUCCUCUCUCCCUCAGUGCUCUCCUCUCUCCCUCAGUGCUCUCCUCUCUCCCUCAGUACUCUCCCUCAGUGCUCUCCUCUCUCCCUCAGUGCUCUCCCUCAGUGCUCUCCUCUCUCCCUCAGUGCUCUCCCUCAGUGCUCUCCUCUCUCCCUCAGUGCUCUCCCUCAGUGCUCUCCUCUCUCCCUCAGCGCUCUCCUCUCUCCCUCAGUGCUCUCCUCUCUCCCUCAGCGCUCUCCUCUCUCCCUCAGCGCUCUCCUCUCUCCCUCAGUGCUCCCCCUCAGUGCUCUCCCUCAGUGCUCUCCCUCAGUGCUCUCCCUCAGUGCUCUCCUCUCUCCCUCAGUGCUCUCCUCUCUCCCUCAGUGCUCUCCCUCAGUGCUCUCCUCUCUCCCUCAGUGCUCUCCUCUCUCCCUCAGUGCUCUCCUCUCUCCCUCAGUGCUCUCCUCUCUCCCUCAGCGCUCUCCUCUCUCCCUCAGUGCACUCCUCUCUCCCUCAGUGCUCUCCUCUCUCCCUCAGUGCUCUCCUCUCUCCCUCAGUACUCUCCCUCAGUGCUCUCCUCUCUCCCUCAGUGCUCUCCUCUCUCCCUCAGUACUCUCCCUCAGUGCUCUCCUCUCUCCCUCAGUGCUCUCCUCUCUCCCUCAGUGCUCUCCUCUCUCCCUCAGUGCUCUCCCUCAGUGCUCUCCCUCAGUGCUCUCCUCUCUCCCUCAGUGCUCUCCCUCAGUGCUCUCCUCUCUCCCUCAGUGCUCUACUCUCUCCCUCAGUGCUCUCCUCUCUCCCUCAGUGCUCUCCUCUCUCCCUCAGUGCUCUCCUCUCUCCCUCAGUGCUCUCCUCUCUCCCUCAGUGCUCUCCCUCAGUGCUCUCCUCUCUCCCUCAGUGCUCUCCUCUCUCCCUCAGUACUCUCCCUCAGUGCUCUCCUCUCUCCCUCAGUGCUCUCCCUCAGUGCUCUCCUCUCUCCCUCAGUGCUCUCCCUCAGUGCUCUCCUCUCUCCCUCAGUGCUCUCCUCUCUCCCUCAGUGCUCUCCCUCAGCGCUCUCCUCUCUCCCUCAGUGCUCUCCUCUCUCCCUCAGUGCUCUCCUCUCUCCCUCAGUGCUCUCCUCUCUCCCUCAGUGCUCUCCUCUCUCCCUCAGUGCUCUUCUCUCUCCCUCAGUGCUCUCCUCUCUCCCUCAGUGCUCUCCCUCAGUGCUCUCCUCUCUCCCUCAGUGCUCUCCUCUCUCCCUCAGUGCUCUCCCUCAGUGCUCUCCUCUCUCCCUCAGUGCUCUCCUCUCUCCCUCAGUGCUCUCCCUCAGUGCUCUCCUCUCUCCCUCAGUGCUCUCCCUCAGUGCUCUCCUCUCUCCCUCAGCGCUCUCCUCUCUCCCUCAGUGCUCCCCCUCAGUGCUCUCCUCUCUCCCUCAGUGCUCUCCUCUCUCCCUCAGUGCUCUCCUCUCUCCCUCAGUGCUCUCCCUCAGUGCUCUCCUCUCUCCCUCAGUGCUCUCCCUCAGUGCUCUCCUCUCUCCCUCAGCGCUCUCCUCUCUCCCUCAGUGCUCCCCCUCAGUGCUCUCCUCUCUCCCUCAGUGCUCUCCUCUCUCCCUCAGUGCUCCCCCUCAGUGCUCUCCUCUCUCCCUCAGUGCUCUCCUCUCUCCCUCAGUGCUCUCCUCUCUCCCUCAGCGCUCUCCUCUCUCCCUCAGUGCUCCCCCUCAGUGCUCUCCCUCAGUGCUCUCCCUCAGUGCUCUCCUCUCUCCCUCAGUGCUCUCCCUCAGUGCUCUCCUCUCUCCCUCAGUGCUCCCCCUCAGUGCUCUCCCUCAGUGCUCUCCCUCAGUGCUCUCCCUCAGUGCUCUCCUCUCUCCCUCAGUGCUCUCCUCUCUCCCUCAGUGCUCUCCCUCAGUGCUCUCCUCUCUCCCUCAGUGCUCUCCCUCAGUGCUCUCCUCUCUCCCUCAGUGCUCUCCUCUCUCCCUCAGUGCUCUCCUCUCUCCCUCAGUGCUCUCCUCUCUCCCUCAGCGCUCUCCUCUCUCCCUCAGUGCACUCCUCUCUCCCUCAGUGCUCUCCUCUCUCCCUCAGUGCUCUCCUCUCUCCCUCAGUACUCUCCCUCAGUGCUCUCCUCUCUCCCUCAGUGCUCUCCUCUCUCCCUCAGUACUCUCCCUCAGUGCUCUCCUCUCUCCCUCAGUGCUCUCCUCUCUCCCUCAGUGCUCUCCCUCAGUGCUCUCCCUCAGUGCUCUCCUCUCUCCCUCAGUGCUCUCCCUCAGUGCUCUCCUCUCUCCCUCAGUGCUCUACUCUCUCCCUCAGUGCUCUCCUCUCUCCCUCAGUGCUCUCCUCUCUCCCUCAGUGCUCUCCUCUCUCCCUCAGUGCUCUCCUCUCUCCCUCAGUGCUCUCCCUCAGUGCUCUCCUCUCUCCCUCAGUGCUCUCCUCUCUCCCUCAGUACUCUCCCUCAGUGCUCUCCUCUCUCCCUCAGUGCUCUCCCUCAGUGCUCUCCUCUCUCCCUCAGUGCUCUCCCUCAGUGCUCUCCUCUCUCCCUCAGUGCUCUCCUCUCUCCCUCAGUGCUCUCCCUCAGCGCUCUCCUCUCUCCCUCAGUGCUCUCCUCUCUCCCUCAGUGCUCUCCUCUCUCCCUCAGUGCUCUCCUCUCUCCCUCAGUGCUCUCCUCUCUCCCUCAGUGCUCUUCUCUCUCCCUCAGUGCUCUCCUCUCUCCCUCAGUGCUCUCCCUCAGUGCUCUCCUCUCUCCCUCAGUGCUCUCCUCUCUCCCUCAGUGCUCUCCCUCAGUGCUCUCCUCUCUCCCUCAGUGCUCUCCCUCAGUGCUCUCCUCUCUCCCUCAGUGCUCUCCCUCAGUGCUCUCCUCUCUCCCUCAGUGCUCUCCUCUCUCCCUCAGUGCUCUCCCUCAGUGCUCUCCCUCUCUCCCUCAGUGCUCUCCCUCAGUGCUCUCCUCUCUCCCUCAGCGCUCUCCUCUCUCCCUCAGUGCUCCCCCUCAGUGCUCUCCUCUCUCCCUCAGUGCUCUCCUCUCUCCCUCAGUGCUCUCCUCUCUCCCUCAGUGCUCUCCCUCAGUGCUCUCCUCUCUCCCUCAGUGCUCUCCCUCAGUGCUCUCCUCUCUCCCUCAGCGCUCUCCUCUCUCCCUCAGUGCUCCCCCUCAGUGCUCUCCUCUCUCCCUCAGUGCUCUCCUCUCUCCCUCAGUGCUCUCCUCUCUCCCUCAGUGCUCUCCUCUCUCCCUCAGUGCUCUCCCUCAGUGCUCUCCUCUCUCCCUCAGUGCUCUCCCUCAGUGCUCUCCUCUCUCCCUCAGUGCUCUCCCUCAGUGCUCUCCUCUCUCCCUCAGUGCUCUCCUCUCUCCCUCAGUGCUCUCCCUCAGUGCUCUCCUCUCUCCCUCAGUGCUCUCCCUCAGUGCUCUCCUCUCUCCCUCAGCGCUCUCCUCUCUCCCUCAGUGCUCCCCCUCAGUGCUCUCCUCUCUCCCUCAGUGCUCUCCUCUCUCCCUCAGUGCUCUCCUCUCUCCCUCAGUGCUCUCCCUCAGUGCUCUCCUCUCUCCCUCAGUGCUCUCCCUCAGUGCUCUCCUCUCUCCCUCAGCGCUCUCCUCUCUCCCUCAGUGCUCCCCUCAGUGCUCUCCUCUCUCCCUCAGUGCUCUCCUCUCUCCCUCAGUGCUCUCCUCUCUCCCUCAGUGCUCUCCUCUCUCCCUCAGUGCUCUCCCUCAGUGCUCUCCUCUCUCCCUCAGCGGCAGUGUGUGGAGUACGCUCUGAAGGCGCGGCCGGUCCGACGGUACAUCCCGAAGAACCCGUAUCAGUACAAGUUCUGGUACGUGGUGAACUCUACGGGCUUCGAGUACGUGAUGUUUGUGCUCAUCAUCCUCAACACGCUCUGCCUCGCCAUCCAGCACCAUGGGCAGUCCCCCCUCUUUAACUACGCCAUGGACCUCCUCAACAUGGUGUUCACCGGAGUCUUCACCGUGGAGAUGGUCCUGAAGCUGGUGGCCUUCAAACCUCGGGGCUACGUGGGCGAUGCCUGGAACGUGUUUGACGCCCUGGUGGUGGUCGGCAGUGUGGUCGACAUCAUCCUCAGCCAGCCAUUGAAGAGGAGCCACAUUCCCCUGGUUCUGUCUGUGGUUCUGUCUGUGGUUCUGUCUGUGGUUCUGUCUGUGGUUCUGUCUGUGGUUCUGUCUGUGGUUCUGUCUGUGGUUCUGUCUGUGGUUCUGUCUGUGGUUCUGUCUGUGGUUCUGUCUGUGGUUCUGUCUGUGGUUCUGUCUGUGGUUCUGUCUGUGGUUCUGUCUGUGGUUCUGUCUGUGGUUCUGUCUGUGGUUCUGUCUGUGGUUCUGUCUGUGGUUCUGUCUGUGAACUACUUUGCCGAUGCAUGGAACACCUUUGAUGCCCUGAUAGUUGUGGGCAGCCUGGUGGACAUUGCCAUCACUGAGAUCAAUGUAAGUUCAAUCCCCGACUGUGUGCCGCUGAGCAAGACACCUCCCCCUCCUGACUGUGUGCCGCUGAGCAAGACACCUCCCCCUCCUGACUGUGUGCCGCUGAGCAAGACACCUCCCCCUCCUGACUGUGUGCCGCUGAGCAAGACACCUCCCCCUCCUGACUUCAAGACACCUCACCCUCCUGACUGUGUGCCGCUGAGCAAGACACCUCCCCCUCCUGACUGUGUGCCGCUGAGCAAGACACCUCCCCCUCCUGACUGUGUGCCGCUGAGCAAGACACCUCCCCCUCCUGACUGUGUGCCGCUGAGCAAGACACCUCACCCUCCUGACUGUGUGCCGCUGAGCAAGACACCUCCCCCUCCUGACUGUGUGCCGCUGAGCAAGACACCUCACCCUCCUGACUGUGUGCCGCUGAGCAAGACACCUCACCCUCCUGACUGUGUGCCGCUGAGCAAGACUGUAGUCAUGCGUCUGGUCAAACUGCUGAGCCGCGGGGAGGGCAUCAGGACUCUGCUCUGGACCUUCAUCAAGUCCUUUCAGGCGCUGCCCUAUGUUGCUCUGCUCAUCGCCAUGCUCUUCUUCAUCUACGCUGUCAUUGGCAUGCAGGUGUUUGGGAAGAUUGCCAUGGUCGACGGGACGCAGAUCAACCGCAACAAUAACUUCCAGACAUUCCCUCAAGCCGUGCUCAUGCUGUUCAGGUGUGCCACGGGGGAGGCCUGGCAGGAGAUCAUGUUGGCCUGUCUCCCGGGGAAACUCUGCGACCUGGAGUCCGACUACAACCCAGGAGAGGAGCGCACCUGCGGCAGCGGCUUCGCUAUCAUCUACUUCAUCAGCUUCUACAUGCUCUGUGCUUUCCUGAUCAUAAACCUGUUUGUGGCCGUCAUCAUGGAUAACUUCGACUACCUGACGCGUGAUUGGUCGAUCCUGGGGCCGCACCAUCUGGACGAGUUCAAGAGGAUCUGGUCCGAGUACGAUCCUGAGGCCAAAGGUCGUAUCAAACACCUGGAUGUGGUGACGUUGCUGCGCAGGAUCCAGCCUCCUCUGGGCUUCGGGAAACUCUGCCCUCACCGUGUGGCCUGCAAGCGGCUCGUGGCCAUGAACAUGCCUCUGAACAGCGACGGCACCGUCAUGUUCAACGCCACUCUAUUCGCUCUGGUGAGAACUGCACUGAAGAUCAAGACCGAAGGGAACUUGGACGAAGCCAACGAGGAGCUGAGAGCCGUCAUCAAGAAGAUCUGGAAGAGGACCAGCAUGAAGCUCCUGGACCAAGUGGUGCCCCCUGCUGGCGAUGAUGAAGUGACCGUGGGGAAGUUCUAUGCCACUUUCCUGAUACAGGACUACUUCAGAAAGUUCAAGAGGCGCAAAGAGCAAGGGCUGCUGGGACGCCGCUCCUGGGACCGGAUCAGCACCGCCAUGGCUCUGCAGGUACCAGCUGACACACAGGUACCAGCUGACACACAGGUACCAGCUGACACACAGGUACCAGCUGACACACGGGUACCAGCUGACACACCACAGGUACCAGCUGACCAUAGGUACCAGCUGACACACGGGUACCAGCUGACACACCACAGGUACCAGCUGACACACAGGUACCAGCUGACCAUAGGUACCAGCUGA